AUGGUGCGGCGCGCGGUCCUCGUCGCGGCCCUCGCGGCCAUCGCCGCGGAGGACGCCGGCUCCGGCGCGGCGCCGGAGCCCGGCGGGCCCGGCGCGUCGACGACGACCUUCGAGGCGCUCGACGCGCGCGCGGAGAUCUUGUUCCCCGAGGAGGGGUCGACGCUGGCGCAGGACUGGUUCGAGGUGGGCAUCAACGUCUUCACGCCCGAGCCCGAGGCCUUCGGGGACCUCUUCGCCGGCUGCCAGGUCUGCGCGCGCCUGGACGGCAAGCCCUACGCGUGCUGGCCCAUCUUCGAGAUGGAGUACGCGCCGCUCUUCGUCAACGUCGGCCCGGGCGCCCACGAGCUCGAGGCCGUGCUCAGCGACCCGCGGAGCCGGCACCGCGCGUCGCCCCUGCCGCGGACCUGGAGCGGCCUCCGGCGCUUCACGGUGUCGGACCCGGCGGAGGCGCCCGCGGACGCCGUCUCGCAGCAGGCAGUGAGCCGCCGCGCGCUCGGUGGCUUCGGCGCGGCGGGCCUCGCCACUUUCAUCGGCGAGGCCCCGGCGCUGGCCGCGGAGAAGGCGGCCAAGGCGCCGAAGGCGGCCAAGCCCAAGCCGCUCAAGGACGUCGCGCUCGUCAAGGAGCUCUUCGACAGCAAGAUUCCCGCGGCGGGCGUCAUGGCGUGGUACGACGCGCACCUCUCUCCGGACGUGAGCAUCGAGUUCAACGGCGGCGCGGUCAAGCUCGGCAAGAAGGAGUACCUCGGCCUGACGCAGGCCAUCCUCGACAGCGUGCCGAACCUGUCCUACACGGCGCCCAAGGCCGACUUCAAGAAGGGCAAGGGCAACACCGUCACCUGGACGGCCGUCGUCACGGGCACGCACACGGGCAAGCCCUUCUCGCCGCUGCCCAAGGCGCUCCAGAACGACGCCGAGGCCAUCACGGCCUACUUCGACAAGUCCGGCGAGGUCAUCACGAAGUUCACCGUCGCCGCGAUCCCCGGCGGCAAGGGCUUCUCGGGCCCCGUGGGCUUCUACCUCCAGAUGGGCGGCGACCCGAAGAAGCUCCCCAAGCUCUAG